CCGCUCACACAAAUAUACACGCACACAACGAGUCAAGUUUGAACAAGCUGAGCAGGAAAGGAAGGUGUAGGCGUUUAAGUGAACGUGGCACCUUUCUCAGUGUUUUUGGGGGGGUUCAAGCCACCAUGGAGGCGGAAGAGUGGGACACUCUCACGGAGGUGAAGGCCUUCCCUGCCCUGCGACCCGAGUCCAGGUUCCGCUCCCUAAGCGAUGCUUCAGGCUUUGCCACCAGAAUCCUGUGGAGGCUCAGAGGAGCUCGCACAGUUGAUGGUUUGGAGAAAUCGUCAUCACUGGCCAACUGCGAUGUGGUAUUGGACAGCGGCGGCGACGCCCACAAUGCACCUGAGUCACGGCAGCAGCGAGGAAAGCUGUCCACUCUAGGCAGACUCUUCAAACCCUGGAAGUGGAGGAAGAAAAAGAGCAGCGACAGGUUCCAGGAUCUCUCCAAAGUUUUGGAGAGAAAAAUCUCAACGAGACAAACCAGAGAGGAGCUCAUCAAGAAGGGCGUGCUUGUCCCAGAACAAGCAAAUGAACUCGUCAGCAGGGAAAUCCAGAAUGGUCACGCCAGCUCCAGCGUGUCACCGGAGGAGGUCAAAGUUGAGAUUGAAAUCAAAUUCACCCAAGCUGUGGACCCUGCUCCUGGCCCUGUGAGCACCGUGGACAAAAGAGAGAAAAGUGACACUAAACCUGUCCCCCGGGCGGGUCAGGCGCCCCCGCGGGAUGCCCAAGUUAGGAAACAGCAGAGCGCCGCUCUGCCUGCCUCGUCCAAACCUGCGGGUGGCGCUGCUGUCACGACCAGGCACAGCAGGGACGCUUCCUCGGGGGCUAAAAGGUCCGUCAAAGCCCCAGGGAAGUUGGGCUCUGUGGCGCAAGCUAAAACUAACCCGCGGAGUUCUAACAACAGUAGUCGCGUGAUUGCCAAGUCCUCUCUUCCAAAGAAGACGCAAGGAAGUGCAACAAAAACCACCACCACCUCCUACUCCACUGUCCCUCCUCGCUCUCGCGCACCCAAGGACGGUGAGUCGCAUAGCAGAGGUGACAACACUCGGACCAGCCGUACAGCAGAAGUCAAUUCUCAGAAAGCUUCUGCGGAGAUUCCCGGUCAGCCAGAAGAAGUCAACUCCUCGGACCCCCACGGGAGCUCUUCUCAAGUUUCUCUCCCCGAAGUUGAGGAGACCCCUGUUGUUUUUCAAGCCGCACUGGAGAAAAAAGCUCCUUGCGGCGAUUCUUCUGCGGGCCAAGAGACCCUCAGAGAUGCAUCCCUCGAGCCUGUCGUCCACUCCCCACACAUCAACACUUCCACAGAGGACACUUCCUUCACAGAGGGGGUCGUUGAGGGCAAUGCCCAGCAGGAGAAAGAUGAGAGGACCAGAGGGGAGGCAGGAGAGGCGCAAGAGGAAAACGGCGAGGCUGCUGAGGAGACACACUCAAGCCCAGCUGAUGUGUACACUGUGAAGCCGCAGAGCCACAAAGUGAACAUCCAACAGGCAGAGGUGACGAUGAUCCCCGACCGGCCGACGGAGAGCCAAGCCAGCGACUCGGACUCAGACGGACCCAUCCUGUACCGCGAUGACGACGAGGAGGAGGAAGAGGAGGAGGACGAGUACCUCAACAGCUCUCUGGCCAGCAAAAUCCGGCGACGGGACACCCUGAACAUAAAACUGGGCAACCGGCCCAGCAAGAGGGAGCUUGAGGAGAAAAACAUCCUGCCGCGCAGCUCUGAGACGGAAAGACACGAGCUCCGCCAGCAGAUCGGCUCCAAGCUUGUCAGGCAGUUGAGCCAAAGACCAACCACUGAGGAGCUGGAGCAGCGGAACAUCCUCAGACAGAAAAACGAAGUGGAGGAGCAUGAAGCCAAGCAGGAGAUUAAAAGGAAACUCUCUAGAAAGCUCAGCGUGCGGCCAACGGUGGCAGAGCUCAUCGCUCGAAGAAUCCUGCGUUUUAACGAGUACGUGGAGGUCACAGACGCCAAGGACUACGACCGCCGGGCGGAUAAGCCGUGGACGCGACUCACACCCGCUGACAAGGCGGCCAUCCGUAAGGAGCUGAAUGAGUUCAAGAGCAGUGAAAUGGAGGUGCAUGAAGACAGCAAACAGUUUACCAGAUUUCACCGGCCUUAAUGAGAACUGGACAUCAGCAUCAAAAGCCCCCCCAAACAAAGAAAAGUCCACCAGGCCAUCAGACCUGCUGCUGUCAGUCAGUCUGGGCAUUCCACUCUGUCUACUUACUUGCGCAGUAACAACAAAUGCAGGUUUGUCUUAAGGCCCUGGGCUCCCCGUGUGGGCCACUCGUGGAACUUUAUUGCACAUACUGUACCUAUACUCAGAAAAGUGGUUUCCCGUUAAGAGUGAUUUAUUUAUUACAGAGUGUGAGGAGGACUUGCUGGAAAACGUGUUUGUUUUUCGUUUCGCGCCGAGAGGUGUAAAAUGGUGCGUUAUUACAGGUAUGAAUGUGACUAAAGAGAACUGCAGCUUUCGUGCAAAUGCUACAGUAUGCUUUGUUCUGACCCGGAGCACCAACCAAUGGAUCAUGAGGCGCUGUUGUCAAAUGAUUGGGCCACUAGAGGGCAUUACGACAUAAGCACAUUUGCUUGCUGAGCUGCCAUAGUAGGUAAACUGCUGUGGACCGAAGGACCAUGCCAAUGAGACCUCUAUUGCAUUAAUAAAUGCUAAAAAAAAAAUCUCUUAAGUGCUUGAAAUACUCUUUGAAAGUUGCACUUUUUAAGCUUUUAAAUCAGUUUCAAUCAGUUUAGCUUUCUUCACACAGUGUCUUGUGUCAAAAAGCUAAUAAUACCUUACAAAAACAAAGAGGCACUAAAUCAAUCAACUCGCCAUGAAGUAGUAUUCUUUUCCCAUUUUCAUUUCCGCAAACAUUCUUUUUUCUAUGUCUAUCUGCCCUUGGUGGUUUGGACCCCUUAUGACAUAGCAGUCGAUAUUUUGCCCUACUUUUUAUCGCACUCAUGUUAAAUGCUGAUGAAUCAUCUCGCAUUCAGAGCACAAUUCCAUUAACCAAGCUACGCCGAGCUCAGUUGAAAAAGUACGUCUCUACGCUAUGCUGCUUAGAUCCCUACAAUGCUGUAUUUGUGUAAUUGUGUAAAAUUUGUCAAUCUACAACGUGCUAUUAAAGAAGAGUCAGUGGUAUGGAGGCAGACACGACGGCUAAGAUUCCCAUUAUCCUAGCCAAAAGUGUCCCCCAUUUUACAGGCUCUUGUUCCACAUUUUGUGAGUUAAUCUGUGUUAUUUCCUGACAAUGCACAAUGUUUUUCAGGUAACCGUGAUAACUUUUGAGUUGAGCGCCAGCUAAGUAGCCGGCUAACUCAGUUGUGCUAACUUGUUAAGAAGCACUUUGUCGUAGUCCAGUGAACAGAACAUAUCUCUACAUACUGCGAGUUAGUAAUUUUUAGUUGUUUUCCUGAAAAAAUACAAACUCAAAUAAUUUCUAGAUGCAUGUUUUUAUUCAAGGACAACUGUGAGUUAGUGAACUAGUUGGCUAAUUUGCUUGUGUUAACCUGUCAAGGAGAUAAACUAUAUUCUACGCUACGCUGCUUACAUCCCUAAAUGCUGUUUUUUGCGUAACAUUGAUCAAGCUAUGAUUUGCCAUUAAAGGAGAGAUGCCAGUUUGGAGGGAGGCAGCAUUAGCAUUCCACUAGCUCAAAGCUAAAAAAUAAAGUGUCUACCUUUUACAGGCACAUUGGAUAAUUCCAGAACUGAAAUUCUCUGAACUUAGCAUACAACUGGAAGCUGUUGACAUUAGACCUAAGUAUUCUUGUCUGAUUAAUCUGGACACAUGUUAACUCGCUGGCAAGUCUCACCAUUGAGUGUUUAUGCUAAGCUAAAUCACCUUGCUGGAGCUAAAACCAAAGUGAGGCACCGUAACUUCAAAUUGUGAAGUACUGCGAGUCAAGUGGAAGUAUUUAAUAGCAAAGUGACCUUUGUUUUAAGAGAGGAGACUUUGUCUAAACAACCAGAGAGUUGGCUCGAUUUUUGUGCAUUUGCGUCUAUACACCAAAUAGGCCAACAGGUUCAAUUAAUGAUGAUUUUGUCACAGUGUGUGUUUGGGAUGAGCAAACCUUGUCCAUGUGCAAACAUAAACUCUCAAAUCCAAAACAGUCAAAUACAAAGUUUAUGUCAUGUUCCUGCUAGCGUGGUAGCGUGACAAAAAGUGAUUGACAGUCUCAUCAGGAAAUGUACAAGUGUAUGUGUUGUUGCUGCUUCUUUGUAUGUACGUAUAACCUAAAGUCAUGUACAGUCGAACAGUAUUCCUUCUUUAUGUAUGAUGUACUGUAUAUUGAUUAUUUUGUACAGAAUGUAUAUGGAGCAUGUGCAUACACGGUCAAUUUUAUGCUACAAUACAACUAUGAUGUAAUUGUUUUAAAUUA